ACGCACGCAGCCACCGACCAACGUCCUUCCUAAAAAGGAUUCUUGUAGUUGCUUGCAAUUUCAAUUCGCAAGUGCAGAAAUGAAUUAUUAAGCAAGAUAAAUAAGUCUGCACUUGCUUUGUUUCACAUUCUCUUUUCCAUUUGCAUCCCAUUUAUGCACGCUGUAUUUGCUCAUUGGUGUACUUCAGCAACCUUUAGGUCUUGAGCCCCGUUGAGCUCAACCUUUUAAUAAAAUAGGUUGAACCCCGAAACAUAUUUAGAAUAUCCUGAACUCGUUGUGACAUCGAAAAUUGUACACAGAAAAAAUAUUUGUUGGACACGCAUUUUUAUUUUAAUGGUCGUCGACAAGGACAAACCAAGAAUUGAAAGUGCUGCCUGUGAAUUUUCUUCGUUUUUGUCUGCUGCAAAAGUGCACGACUAGCCGUACAAAAGUUGAGCUUGUGUCUGCGGGUGGUGUGAAUUUCGCAUUGUAUUUUAUUGUACGUACAUUUCCUAAUUCACACGGUACACUUUUUCGCGACGUAAAUCUAGUGUUUCUCGGAAAUUUACCAAAAUCCGUCAGGAUGAAGUCCCAUUCAGUCAUUAUCUUACUCAUCAGCAUAUAUUUGAGCAUUCACAGCGCCACUUCCGUCUUCGUAGAGCAUGAUGAAGACAUUAUUAAGCGGUCAAUCAUCUACGACAAGAAAACGCCGGAUGUUUUCUACUGUCCACAGGAGAAGCCUGAUGGAAUGAAUAACAUGUUGGUGAAGUCCAAGCCUUUGUCCAAGCUGUGCGAAUACCAGGGCCAAGAACUUCCAGACCGGUAUUUGUCCGACUGCUACGGAAAUGUGGAUGAGACGGUGUGGGCGUGCAAAGAGAAGAAGCGAAUCAUGAAACGGAAGUAUCCGCCUGGGAUGGACGCCCUGGAAAAGUACGAACCCUUGUCACGAUCCAAACGGGCCGAGUAUUACGAGAUGUCUUUGCCACGAAAAAAAACACGCGUUGAAACCAGCGUUUCUCACAGCUCGUCACGAUCCUCAACUUUCUCCAACCCGAAACAGGGCUGAGAGAAAGCUGCUCAACUCCUCUUUUUGACAGCAAAUAACAAUUUAGCCCCUGGAAAUAUAAAUAAACUUGUGAUGACCUCGACUAAACAAUAUCUUCUAAUCUGUGUACAAUCUGUGCUAAUUCACUCGCACACAAAUCUAUCAAAUGAGUCUCUCACUUUCACAACUAGCACAAAACUCACAACUCUUCUCAUGCAAAAAAAAUAUAUUAAAAAUAACCACGCAAAGGAGCUGGGGAGCUCUCCAAUCAGAGUGCUUUAUUGUAAAUUGUAACCCAUAAAAUACGUGCAUUUAGACACUAUUAACAAGAAAAACAUAUUUGUUUGUACCUGUAUUUAUUGUGAUUUUGCUCGUCGGUAUAAUGUGAUUAUGUUGGUGACUAUGAACGCAAUGUGAUUUGCAUAUGCAAUUACUAAAUAAGUACUGUACCAAAUAAAACACUUGAAAGAA